AUGCUGGGUAGCGUGCGAGCAGCACUCCUCAUAAUAGGGGUUGCGGCUACUCUGGAGGAGGAGGGUGUGAUCGAUGACCUUGGCCGAGACCCAUGGGUUGUGACGCCUAUGCUAUCGGGUGGUCAGUAUAGACUCCCGGAUGGUGCUGUCGUGGAUGGCGCGGAAAUGCCACCAGGAGACUUGGAAUUGUAUCGUAACGGCCAUAGAUUGGAUAUUAACCCCGAGUUCUAUCGAUGUGGUGCUCUCGAUCAGACUCUUCGGGAGCUGGAGAAUCAAGUGGAUCCUACUGUGCUGAGAGUAGAUGCCACCUUGAGUCGUCAUGAGCAUGCGGAUCUCUGUGGUAGAGCAUUCGGGCAUCUUUUUAGAGAGAACCCUGGAUGGGAGACAACUCGAGAAAGGGUUGGCAGUGUUAUCAAUGAAAUUAUGUCUGCUAUAGGGAAGGGAGGAACUCAGGAGCAGAUCGAGGAGCUCACGGCAUUCCUCUCUGAUGAGGAGAGUAUCGCAGCGGGAGUUGCCGGAGGAGUGGUCGUUACGCGGUCUAUUAUCCUGAGAAUGAAUACUGUCAAUGGAGCGCAGACUGUUCCCGACUGGUGCAGAGUGAAGGGCAAACUGCUCGUCUAUGGCGACGAGAAGAAGGUUAGCAAGUAUCGAGGCUCGGACGAGGAGGGUGCUGAUGAGAUUGCGUACAAAUGGGCAACUUAUGGAGCUGAUGCCCUCGGAGACUACCAGUGCAUGUAUGAGCUGGCGAUGAUGGACGUUUUCAAUAGGAAGAAUUAUCCUCUGGCCCUCGAGCGGUUGGAAAAUCUGUCUAAACGCCCACCGGUCGUGUUUCCUUGGGAGAUGAAUCCCUUGGACCAAUUUGCUGAUCCUGAGUUGGAAGCUCGAGUGAUGGACAUGUUACUUGAGAACAAUCCGUGGACUGCAGAUAGUAUAGGGAAAUCCCCGGACGAGGAAGAGCUACAGGGGAUGGAAAAAGGAGGGUCAGCGGUCGUACCUGCACCUCAUGUGACGGCUUCGGUGGUGGGCGUGGGGGUUGCCUUCCUGGCGUACGUGGUGGAUUGUUGCCGAUGUGGCAUGUAUGCUUUGAGUGCGAGCCGGGACCAUCGAUUUAUUGGAGCCGUCUUUCAAUUCGAAUGUCCAUUUAUCAAAAUUCCUCGCGGUUGGCCCGAGCCCCCAACUGUUCAACUCACAGUGUUUGUCCUUGUUCUCGUUUUUCUCUUGAUUCUGUUGAAGAUACUAUCGGGAAAGCUGAUCCGAAUGCUUUCCCGAGGAGAUGUUCCUGAACACCAACAUCGAGAGUAG